AUGGAGGUCAUGAGUAAAAUUAACUUAAACAAGCAGCUGAGGAUGGAGAAGCCCCAUGUGGUGGUCAAGGAGGAGGAAGAGGAAGAUGAAGAAUUUGAUCAUCAUCAGCAACUGGAAUAUCAUGAUAAGAAGAAGAAAGGAAUUGUGGGUGGAAGUGGCUCUGUGAAAAGAUCAGGCACAAGUGGAGGUGGGACGAGAUGCUGUCAGGCUGACAGAUGCCCAGCUGAUCUGAGUGAUGCAAAGCAGUAUCAUAGAAGGCAUAAGGUUUGUGACCUUCAUUCCAAGGCUCAGGUUGUGCUUGUUUCUGGGCUGAGGCAAAGGUUUUGCCAGCAAUGCAGCAGAUUUCAUGAGCUGCCAGAAUUUGAUGACACCAAACGGAGUUGCCGUAGGCGUUUGGCCGGACACAAUGAACGGCGAAGGAAGAAUUCAGUCGAGUCUCAUGCAGAAGGCCCGAGCCGCGAUGGUACAGGCACUCAGUUAAAGGAUGGAUGUGGCCAGGGUGAUAAUAGUGGAAGAAUUCGCAUAACCAUUCAAGGAAAUUCCACCUACAAGCAUUUCCAGAUCAGAUGA